UCAUGGCUAUUACACCAAUGAAUUCAAACCUCCUCUACAAGAUUAUUAUUGUUAUUUCCUUCCUUGCACUCACAACUUGUCCGGUUGCCUCGGCUGAAGAAUGUGCCUCGAACCACCAAGGAGCAUGUCACAACCGGAGCGAGGCGCUCAAGUAUAAGAUAAUAGCAAUAUUUGCAAUUCUGGUGACAAGCAUGAUCGGCGUAACGCUGCCGACGCUCUCACGCGUUGUCCCGGCGAUUCACCCAGACCGUGACCUUUUUGUAUUAGUGAAGGCCUUUGCCUCCGGUGUCAUCCUCGCCACGGGUUACAUGCACGUAUUGCCGGACUCAUUCAAUGACCUCAUGUCGGACUGCUUGCCCAAAAAUCCGUGGCACAAAUUCCCAUUUACUACAUUCAUCGCCAUGUUUUCUGCUAUUUUCACCCUCAUGGUGGACUCUUUCUCCAUCUGUUUCUUUAAAAAGAGAAUCACUGCUUCUUCUUCUUCUACUACUACUACUACUACUACUGAUUCUUCCGAAAACAUUGAAGUUGAUGGUGGUUGCCGCAAAGUGAAUAAAGAAUUGGAAUCGCUUAGUCACAGUCACACUCACGGUCAUGAGAUUGAACAUGGAAAUGGAAACACGAAAGUUGUGAGUGCGGAACAGUUGCUACGCUAUCGUGUUAUCGCUCAGGUGUUGGAGUUAGGGAUUGUGGUGCACUCAGUGGUGAUUGGUUUGUCAUUGGGAGCUUCAGAUAAUCCAUGCACAAUUAGGCCUCUCAUUGCAGCACUUUGCUUCCAUCAACUCUUUGAGGGAAUGGGCUUAGGAGGCUGCAUACUUCAGGCAGAGUAUGGGAUGAAGAUGAAGUGCAUUAUGGUAUUUUUCUUUUCUGUGACAACUCCAUUUGGAAUCGCAUUGGGGAUAGCUUUGUCAAAGGUGUACACUGACACAAGUCCAACUUCACUCAUAGUUGAAGGUGUUUUGAAUGCUGUGUCUGCAGGGCUUCUCAAUUACAUGGCAUUGGUAGAGUUAUUGGCCACUGAUUUUAUGGGUUCAAAGCUUCAAAGUAGAGUGAAGCUUCAGAUUUAUUCAUAUUUUUUUGUUUUGGUCGGAGCAGGAGGCAUGUCAGUCAUGGCAAUAUGGGCAUAGAAAAAAAAUGAAAAAAGAAAGAAUAGAGUAGGGUUUUUAGAGAGGGAUUAUUUUUUAUCUUUUUUUUUUCUCACAUGCCUUCACUAGUUAACACAGAAGAAGAAAAAACAAAAGAAGAAGAAAAAGAAAAGAAGAGUUCUCG